ACACUUUACAGAACGCUAGUAAUUAUUAUUGCCAAGCAGUUGCCUAGAUCUGCAACUUGUAGCACAGGAUCUUCGUUCAGCACAAUGGAGAGUUCCAGGCUCAGGGUCCUGGCACUAGGCUGCUGCCUGCUACUAAUUGCUGCUGUGUGUGGCCAGGAGGACAGUUCUGAGCUGGAGACCAGGGCAUUAAGGGACUUUUACCCCAAGGACUCUCUCCCUUCCAGUGAGAAGGAAUUGCUGGGAGCUCUUCAGGAAGUGUUGGAGAAAUUGCAGAGUAAACGUGUCCCAUCCUGGGAGAAGAAAUUUGGACAGGUCCCCGUGUGUGAUGUUGGGGAGCAAUGUGCGGUGAGGAAGGCGUCACGGAUUGGAAAAUUAUGCAAUUGUCCUGGGGGCUCCGUGUGCAACUUCUUCCUCUUAAAGUGUUUGUAAAUGAGAAGAUGUCCUUCAGCAUUAUCUGCAGAACCAACAAUGACAACCAUCGAGAUAAGAAGCAGAUGGGAUACGUGUGACGAUAAAAAGCUUUUUACUCUCAUACAAUGAUUUGCAACAUACAGGGUUUGUUUUAAGGGGUGGGAAGAAGUACCAGGCCCCCAUGUCCAUUUUUAUCCUAAUUACCAGUGUAACGUCAAUUUAAUUACUGUGGUGGAUGACAGUUAUUGUUAUUGAUAUUGCAGUAAAAAAAAAACCAUUAAGUUCUAAAAGUGUCAGGACAAUUAGUUUCCUCUGAGCAUUGGGUUCUAUGUUUUUUUUAACUGAUAUUUUUUCAAUGUGGGUGUAGCCUAAUUAGACGUACACAGGGGGACUCCAAAUUUCAAACUCAAACCCCGGCAGAAUCUGCUUUGUUUAUUGUAAUAUUUUGCGUCUUGUUACAGGAUUUGUAAUCUUGUGCAGAUAAUGGAAAUAAAAAAAUGCUGCCUUUUGUAAA